AUGCAGUCCAAACGAGAGAGGGAGGGCGACCGCGAGCGAGAUAGGAAAGCUUCUCGACCUAGUCGAGGUAGUUUACACUCGCCGAGAAGUAGUUCUAGUUCUGGGUCUGGGGUAAUGAUGGUUGGACCGAAUUUUCGUGUUGGUAAGAAGAUUGGAUGUGGAAACUUCGGUGAACUACGACUUGGUACGAAUAAUGGAUUUGUCGUUACCAUAUUUUGCGGAUUUAUGAUGUCUACACCAUACCCUUUUAGCGUCUUAUCAUGUCAAGCUUACGCUAUCUUUUUUUUUCUCCGUCUAUCUGACAUUUGUAGGGAAAAAUUUGUACAACAACGAGCAUGUCGCCAUCAAACUGGUGAGUCGUAACCACUUUAAAAUUGCUGUCGCUUUUGUUCGGUUCUUUCAUGACGAAAUACAAGAUAUAUUACCGCCAACUGAAGGCAAAUAUCAUAUUCUUUCUUGGCAGGAACCCAUGAAAUCUAGGGCACCACAACUUCAUCUGGAAUACCGAUUUUAUAAGGUGCUUGGAAAUGCUGGUAAGUGGUAGUAAGUAAUUCAUGAAUACACAGCAUAAAAACUUUUAGUUUUGCCGCAAAAAGUUGAUAUGCGGCGUGCAGGAAGUGACAACAUAUAUAGCGACCCUUUGUAUUCCUUUUAACGGGCUGUUGAUCGUAAGACACAGCCAAGCGUAGAUAGCUGUGGUUACCCUAAGCAUCCUUUGCUUAAAUUUAAUCUCUUCCCGAAGAUUUCGACAUUUUCAUUUUCUCUUUCUGACGUAGCGUAUCGUAUGUUUAUUUGUGGUAUUCCCCAUGUUACUUGACCUGUAUUUCCAGUGGGUAAUAUUCCUAAUCCUUGUACAUUUUUCGAUAGAAGCGAUAAGGCAAUGAAAAACUCUGUAAAUGCUAUUCAACGCUGAAAUUUUGGCCUUCUUUCUCUUCACGUAUGUGGUAAUUUUUGGGAAUUUUCAGAAUGAGAUUUAGGUUUUUUGCUAUGAAUUUGAAAAGAUCAAUUCCUCGGUCUAAAAAUAUUAGAAACAGUAUUAUUCAAUAAGCUUAAGUUCUAGCGAAAGAAAUUUGAAAAGAUAGAAAAUAUGCUUUUUUAUUCUACUUUCCAUGUUAAUCGUCCAGUUAAACCUUCACAAUUAGCCGAAAUGUUAAGUACAAAAUUGGUGAUUUUCAUGUGGUCCUCAUUGAAUUAAAAGAUGUACCAAGAACCAAUGCAUGCGGGAUUACUCAUUUAAGCCUCGUAUUUCGGACAUGAUUGAGCUGUAAAACGUUGAUUUCUUUUUAAAAUAUUUCUUUAUGAUAUUUGAGCUUGAAAGUGUCAUUAAAAUCGACAAUUAGUGACUUUUUUGUAUUCUAAUUUUUGGGUCAACUGAGAUUUGCCAUUUCAUUGGUUCAUUGCUUUGGUUUCUUGUCGCUUCAUAAACUGUGGGUAAAUAAGUCUGUCCUUUUAGUGAUAACUUUGUGAUCUGUAGUCAAAGUACCAAUGAUGUCCAAUAUUUCAGAAAACAUUCAAUUAUCAAGUUUGUCAAGACCCAUUUUGUAUGGUUAUAGUAUAGAACAUUAAAUUUUAACAUUCUGGGACAUGUUAAGUACCUCCCUUGAAAAAAAAUCUUAUUUAUUAACAUUCAGACUUUUAGUAUUAGUCAUACCCUCAAUGUUAGUGAAACUUUCAACUAAACAUGGUGUAAAAAAAGGGGUGUCACUAAUUUUUGAAGAGGUGGGGAAAUUGGAAAAGGUGUUCGGGAUUUGACAUUUUAAUGUAUUGUCAACCAUUGCUUGUAUUUCCAAUGGCCGGGCAAAAUCCCCAGUCCCUGGCUGACAGUUUUCUGAAAUGGUUAAAUGUUUGACUGUAGAACCUAAAUAUAUCUUUGGACCUGACGUCACAUGAGGCUAAUGCAUGCCUGUUUUCCCUUUUUUGUCUUGAUUCUCUCUUGUUCUGUUCAAGUGCAUUUUACCCUAGCCUGGAAGAGGAUUUACACUUUCAUUUUCAGAUUUUAUUCACUAAUACUAAUUUUAAAGGUGAAUUUCUCUAGUCUUGUAUCAAAAUGAGAAUAUACAUGUCAAUUUCCAUUGCCUUAUGGAAUACUAUUUCCCAAAGCUCAAUGUUAACCUUUUUCAAAUGGUUCAUGUUGGUAAAAACACAAUGUUUUGAUUAUAACACUAAUUUGCAAGCUAAAAAUUUAUACAGUAUCAACAAUUUAGUAUAAGGUUUUUGAAAUAAAUCAUUGUUUUUUUAUGUCACCUGGUGAUAAAGUUCUAAAUUGACAAAGGCAUACAACUAGCCACUCUGUUUUUAUUUCAUAUCCAUAGAGAAUGAUUGAGACAAUUUUAUUAAAAAAUCUGGCAAUGGAGUUUUCAGAUGAUUUCAGUGUGAUAAGAUGUUUAGCAGGUUUACUGUCAUUGUUUUUUGAGAUGAGGCUAGUCUCAUGGUUGUUGUUCCCCAACGUAAUCUGUUUUAAGAACCCACAAUACAGUUACUAAUAAUAUUGGAAGAAGCCCCUUACCAUUUUUAGUAUAAAGGUGUUGGGUGACCACCAAAACAGGACCUCAAUUUCCUUCAUUCAAUUUAACUCAACCUUUUUGUUCAUUCUUGGCAGAGGGUAUACCUCAGGUUCACUACUUUGGUCCUUGCGGCAAGUACAAUGCACUAGUCAUGGAGCUUCUUGGACCAAGUUUGGAGGACUUAUUUGACCUCUGCAACAGGCAAUUUAGCUUGAAAACAGUACUGAUGAUUGCUAUUCAACUAGUGAGUACAUAUGCUUUUUACUGCAGUGCUUUUCAAACCAGGUUUAUUUCUGCUCAUGACUGGAUUGUCAGAGUUGGUAGCAAGCCAAUAGCGGUGUGAGGGACAAGCUUAGUGAUUGGUUUAUUGUUUUUGGCUUGUGCCUCUGACAAUGCAGUGGUUUGCACCUGAUUGUAAGUAGCAUUCAUAGUGGCAGCUGCAAGAAAAGUUCUGAUUCUUGAAACUCCAAUGCCAUCAGCUACAUGACUCCAAUACUAACUGAAUUUUUUUUUAUUUUCACCUGGUCAUAACUACUUAUCCAAGUCCAAUCAUAACUCUGACUUCCAACUCUAUGAAAACAACCCCUCUUUAGAAAUACAAGGUGAAAAAUGUUGGCUUGAUGAAUUACAGGAUGCUAGCAGAAACAAACAGAAUGGCAGUUUUUGUGUGAAAGUGAAACCCUAACUUUCCUUGUAAGGGUAAAGCUUUCGUGCCAGCUUUGUUAAUUUGUCUGAGUCGACUUAGAUAGAUCUUAAAUCAAAAAUCAGGGCUCACUUAAUUAAGUAAUGGUCCAGAUAAGAAGGAAAGGGCCAAAACGCAGUGAACACGCCGGAAUGCAAAAAGGUGCUAACUUUACUAUUGUCUCUACUAAGGUUCUGAUUGGUUUAAACAUCAAAUUUUACGAAAUCUUCGCAAAGUAGCAUGUAUAUUAAUCCCUUUUUUCUAUCCAACUUCCUUAUAACAAAAUCUCGUCUGAGUCUAAGUAACACAGAAAUCGUAUGUGCGGAUCAUGUAAAAUUGUGAACAUUUCUUGGCCAUUGUUUGCAACUCUUGUGAUUGGUCGAAAUGUUUUAACACAAAAAUACACCCUUUAGAAGUGGAGUUUAAAUACAUUUUCUUUCGUAAACAGCCUUUUUGUAGAUUUAUGAACUCUCUGCGUAAAAAUGAAAACAUUUCUAUGUGAGGAAAGCGUAUUGCGCCACAACAAUAGAAAUUGCUUUCCUUCUUACCUGGAUCAUUACUUAAAUGUACAAUUUUUUACUUCUUUACUUCCCAGAUUUCAAGAAUUGAGUGUGUUCAUUCAAAGAAUAUGAUUUACAGGGACAUAAAGCCAGAAAACUUCCUUAUUGGACGUAAAUCUUCAGGCAAAGAGAAAACAAUUCACAUUAUAGACUUUGGUCUUGCAAAGGAGUACAUCGAUCCAGAGACUAAAAAACAUAUACCAUACCGUGAACACAAAAGUUUAACAGGGACUGCAAGAUACAUGAGCAUAAAUACACAUUUAGGAAAAGGUAUGAACUGCGUGUUGCUGUAACUGAUGGCCUCAUGGCAAUACAGUCUGUUGUUACAUUUCUGAUUAAAUCUUAAGAAGACAAAAUUAAGUUCAAAAGAUCUGGAAUAAAUCCUAUUCCCAAGAACACAAAAUAAAAAGUGGGUUUUUUCUAGGCCUCAUGUGAUGCACAUGUAGACAAGAGUUUCACAAGAAUUCUUCUCACAUUAAAUUUUAUCAGGAGUAAGUUUUAGUAAGGUAGAUACAGGUGACAGGCUGAUCUGUUAUCUUACGGGACUGUGCCUUUUUUUCAAAAUAGAUUAUUGAUGGGGUGGCUGGAAAAAAUCCCCAAGUGAUUUAUGAUAGAUUGCUAGAUUUUUCUCUCGAUUUGGUUUACAUAUGCUUGUGAAUCAAAGGAAGAAUUUGAUAUCAGAUCAGGGUCCCUUCAGGCCUUUGUCAGGGAUUUGAAUGAAUGGCAGUUAACUGGCAGUUACGUUCCAGUGUAACUGUAAGUACUUGUAACAAUGGGUAAAUACUGUUUUCCAGUUCUCUUACCAUAAUUAAUAAAUUAAUACUGGUUAAAUCAGGUAUGAUAUAGCAAAAGUAUAUUUUUUCAGCCAGAGGUUAGGUACUGUAUUUAUUCGGCUAUAAGCCGAGCAAUUUUUACACAAAUUAAAGCUAAAGUUCCAUGAUAUUUGAGCCCAAAAGGGGGUCUCAGCUCAUAGCCAAGAGUCUUUGACAAAAAAAAAUUGUUCAGUGCAUUGAAACUCUACUAAAUGGGCAUGUGUUCACUUAUAAGCUGAACAAAUAGCAGUGGCAAAAGAUCGAAUUGAUCUAUUACAAAUCUGAAUGUUAAGUGAGCUAAGCACAGAAAUUCAGUCCCAAGAUCUCACAUUGGUAAACCUUUUACAACGAGGGAAGGUGUAAAACAAAUGAGAGAUGUUGAGGGAUUCGUAAAACAAUCCCCUGUGUUUGGUCAAACUUGAGCUUCAAAACAUUUGCCUGGUUACUAAGCAAGGAGGAAUGCAACACAAACUGAUGUGCUUUGUUUGAUUGAAAGAUGAUUCAUGUGAUCAUUUCAAGCAUGAUAUGAUGACGACAUGAGGAGGGAUUGAUAGCAGCGAAAAACCCAAACAACAAUAUAUUUAUGUUUUCCUAGAGAAGGUCACAUUCUUUUCAAAAUUGUUAAGUUUUACAGUAGUUAAAAGUCUUGUAACUAAUGGGUCUUGGCUUAUAACCAGGUGGUUUGGAUUUAUCUUUCAUUCUUGGUUAUGCUAAUUCUACAAGUUUUCAAGUUUAGGGUCUCAGCUUGUAGCCAAAUAAAUACGGUAGUAUUUAGAGGCCCUGUCAGGGUUAAAUUCCAACAAGUGACAUGGGGUUAAAACAGGAACAUAACACGAGAUGAAAUGAUGACACAUGACAUAAAGAUGCAUUGAAGACAGAAAAGGACAUGGCCUCCUCAAAGCACAGAACAGCGGUAUUUGAAAUUCAGACUAGGGACCUACCCAACAGGGCCUCUAUUUAGCCCAUGCAUACAUUUAGUUUAAUUUUUUUAAAAAAAUAAGGUUAACAAUCUCCACUUCUUACAAUCAAUUUUUUUCUUCUUUGAGUAUUCAGACUAUUUUUGUAAAAAGAUGGUUAUUUUUGUGUUUCAGAGCAAAGUAGAAGAGAUGACUUAGAAGCAUUAGGUCACAUGUUUAUGUACUUUCUAAGAGGGAGCCUUCCAUGGCAAGGCCUUAAAGUAUGUCUCUUGUACUUAUAUUGAAUUUUUAACUCCUUGUUUUUAUUAAAGGAGGUGACCAUAAGUCACUGUUAUAUGGGUUCAUAUGGAUUUUAAUUUCUUUAUAACUUUGUAAUCAUUUCCCUUUAAAAAAGUGUUAAGUUUUUAAAGAGUUGAACCAAACAAAAACUUUUAAACAGUGUGUUAACUGGGGCAUGGCCAGCUAACAGAGUACAAAAUGGGGUGUUUAAGCCAAGAGGGUGCAACCCUAAUGGCACACAAAGAUGCAACAAGCCAAAUGGUGGCAAUAAAAGCUACUAGUUGAGCAAUUUCAUUUUCUAAUUGGGUUUUUGGCAGCCUAACAUUUGAAAUUUUAAGGGUGUUGUACAAAAUAAUGUUCUCAUGCAAAGUAGGGGACUGUGUGGCAUCUUGAAGCAUCUGACCCGAUGUGCUUGUUUAACAUAAUAUUUAUUGCAAGUAUUUUUAGAUGUUAAGAUGAAAUUGUGCAGUUAUAAAACUCCAAAGAAAAUUUCUUUAAGGCAAGACAGUGUUCGACCUAAGUACCCAAAGUAAGAAUAUUUGUAGAGAAUAAAAUUUACAAAAAUAUGCUUCCUUAAAAUAUUAAUUAAAAAAAUUGAUGCAUUUCAUAUCAAAUAAUACUAAGUAAUUAAAACAAUAGUGAUUAAAAGUUUUCUGACAUUUCAUAUAAACAUAAUGCUAAGUAAUCAAAAGUAAUUAAAAGGUCCAUAGUGUCUACUAGAAAUUACUUAUUAGAAAGUGAUUUUUCAUCACAUGUCUAUGUGCACAUGCAACCUUACCAGUGUUGUGUAGGUAAUAUGACUUCUCAAACUCAUUAAUAAUUCAUAAAGAAAAUUCAAAGGAAAUUAAUGUUUAAUGAGUGUUUGGAUAUCAGAUGAAAAACUGCUCAUUUUUGCAUCCUUAAUUUCUCCUUCAAAAAUGAUUUUGUUUGAGAAGAAAUAUCAAACAUUCGACACAGUGUUUCAUCGCCAGAUGAAACACCUCGAAGUUCGUCAAAAAUACUCCGCUACGCGUCGUAUUUUCAACUCUCUUCUCAGUGUUUCAUCUGGUGAUGAAACACUGCGUCUCAUGUUUGAUAUAUUACUUCACAAUCAUUUCUUCACAUGAUUUCUUUUCUAUAGCUAGAUCACAUAGAACAAUAAUAAUAUUGUUAUCUCUUCAUCAUGUAAAGGAUUUUUCUGUUGUCUAUUGUAGGCAGACACCCUGAAGGAGAGAUAUCAAAAGAUAGGAGACACGAAACGUGCAACGCCUAUUGAAGUUCUCUGUGAGAAUCAUCCUGGUAUGUUUCUGUGCGUUGUGUUAAUCAGAAAUCAUUGCAAUAGCCCAUUUUCAUGUUGGAGUUAUUUUACUACAUCAAGAGUGCUUUGGAAUUUUGUUUCCUGGUGCAAAUUGGGCUGUUGUUGUGUAAUAUAUAUCAAAAUUACGAGAUUUGAAUGACAAAUGAGAACAAUACAAUCUUCUUUUAUAGAAGUACAUUCAGAACAAUAUUAUUUUAUUUGUGUUUGACUGGUACCACAACCAAGUAUCAACCUGUUAUUGUUGUUCUACAAAAUAGUUGACCUUAAACUGACUGAUAAAAAUUAUAUUUCCCUUUCUCCCUACAGAGGAACUGGCCACAUAUCUACGCUAUGUACGGAGACUUGAUUUCUUUGAAACCCCCGACUAUGAGUAUUUAAGAAAACUGUUUAGGGACUUAUUUGACCGGAAAGGAUUUGUUGAAGAUGGUGAAUUUGACUGGACACACAAGCAAAUAGUAAGUAAAAAUAAAACUGUAAACUAUUGUAUAUGAUUCAGCAAAAACCAUGCAUACAAGAACCCCUGAUAGAGUGGUCUUUUGUAGAAUGGACAGUGGUUCUAUGGUACGGUACUUGUUUGGCCAAAUUUUAGUCAUAAGCAUAGUCUAAAUUGUAGUGGCAGUGUUAAAUACAUUUGCAGGAGAGAUUCUAGAAGUCUUGAAGUAGAGUUAGUAUGCCCUCAAAGACAGCUGUCAGACAAUACCUCUUCAGCUGCUGGUACAGCAUAUUAAUUUGGAAAAAUGAUGUUGCCUAUGCUCACUAAAUUUUUCAACUCAUCAAUGCAGCACUUAUUUAGGGGUGGUGCUUAUUUGGGCUUGGCCAACUAUGCCAAAUUUGCAAACGCCAUUAGGCAAGUUGGUUAGGUAAUAACCCAGGGGCAAAUCAUCAAGGUGAGGGUGAUGGCAAUCGCAGCGGCGGCCUUACAUUUGCCUGUCUCCAUAUUGAACAAUAUUGUAUUAAGCGCACAUCUUUGGAAACAAAGGUCAUCCUAAUACUUAUCCCCAGUUUCCACAGUCUCCACUAGGAUCGUGUGGCCUACUUUGUAAUGAAGACUGUCUUGCUCUGCUAAAGCAAGCUCAACUGAAAAUUCUGUCUUUAACAGGAGUGAGUAAGAAAUUAUGUAAUUGUUUUUUAUGAUUAUUAAAUUUUUAUAAUGUUAGCAUCAUCUUUCCACAGCCAAGUCCUAUUAAUUCACUGAGUCAUUCAGAUCAACACAAUCCAAGAGACUCUCAGCUUCCUGCAGGAUUUCAGAAAUCAACUGAGAGAAUAAUGUCUUCAUCUGCGACAAACAAGGUACAGAUAACAUUUCAGUGUAUCAGAGCUGUCACUAAGAGCCAGUAGCUUAGGGUCUCCCUCGGCCACUAUGAGAAUGAUCACCAGCUACUGUCAUAGGAAACAAAAGGAAAAUAAUAAACAACCUCCUUUUCUGGCUGGUCAAAUAAUUGUAGAAGUUUUUUUUUUUUUUUUUGCCCAAGUACUAUCAAACUAUACUAGUAACAGAUCAAUCGUACUGCAUUGACAUUCCGGUACUUGGCAGGUUAUUGCAAAAUGUAUUUAGAGCAUAGCAUAAGUCAAAAAACAUCAUUGCAGUGUUAACAUAGUAUAGAACAAGACGCAUUAAGUGGAAAAGUGCAUGGAGAAUAAAAAAUGUUCAUAUCCAAAAGUGAGCACUCAAAAUGACCAGCAAGACGAGAGUUUGACCAGACAAGAACGCAACCAGGCUGGAUAUUCUUGACUGGCAGUUAUUUUCAGCCCUGCCAUGGUGUAUCAUUAUAAUUUAUUGUGUGUUCUAUACCUGCCUUAUACACUCAAACAUUUUUUAAAAACUGACAAUUUAAACCAGAAGGAAACUGACAGAACAAAAACUACCGAAAACAAGAAAAUUUGCAAAAUAUCAAAAUAGGAAGGAAUUGUUAUGAAGUAUGAAUUUUUUUUUUCUGUUCCUAAAGAAAGGUUUUUUGAUAAAUGUUUGAUCUCCAGCUAAAGAUAUAGUGAGCUUCACUGUUCUGACCUAUCAGACAUCUGAUCAUAGAUCAUGUCAACUUUGAUCCUGAUCAGACUGUCCAUGCUGUUAGAGCCCUAUUGCACUAAGAGCACUAAAGAUGUGACAGUUUCUCACUGUGUACACCCCUAGCAUUUGUCUGUUACAGCGUAUAUUGUAAUAACUUCAAAGAUUACAGCAUAUUCAAAAUUCAAUUGAAAGAUAUAUCAAGUGUUGAUCAGUUUGAUUGGUCUUUGUUUAGUCUGCUCAAGACAGAAAAGGGGCUUGGGCUGAUAACUCGCAGGCUCACAGGACGGCUGGGCUGGCUCCACCAACUGCAGACAGAUUAGGGGGCUCUGUUCAAGUUGUUAGCUCAACAAAUGGUGACCUUCUCCCAACUGAAGAGAAUCGUCUAGAAAGCAAGGCUGGUAGUCCUGUGCAUGCACAACAGCAACCUGAAGUGGAAGUUGUUGAGGAAACAAAGUAUGUGUCACUACAUUUUGUAGCCAUUGAAGUUUAUUUAGUGGGUGGGUCUGAUGACGUCCUCAUUGUCUAUUCACAGGAAAAUUUUUAUGCACAAACAGGGAAAUAUUGUCUACCAAAUUAAUAAACAUUAUGAGCCAGUGUGGUAACAGUGCAAGGUGGAUCAGUACAUCAUUUUGAUUGUGUAACAUUAAUUUUUAUUGAUGUAUCAUGUUUCUACCAAGCUAGCUGUCGUGGGCAAUACAUCUACACUUCCAACAGCGAGGCAAAGUUCCUUUCCUUAGCCACUAAAAACAGCCCUGUAAUGUUUUUGUUACAAUAAAUGUCACAUUCAGUAACAUUUUAUGAAACAGCGGGGUUUUUUGUAGCUCUUAACUAAUUGAGAAUUUUUUUGUAAUGAAACCUGGGGUUUCGUAGCCACUAAACUUCCUUUAUUUUCAUAGAUGCUGUUGUUUUUUCAAACGGAAAAAGAAGAAGAAGCAGCCGGUUGUGAGGCACAAAUGACUUUUUCAUUGAAACAUAGCCAUCAAUGAAACCUCGGUAGCAUAGGAAAGCUUUAACUCAUUAGAACCUUUUUGUAGAAAGUUGGGUCAGUUUUAUAAUGAAAGAAAAUGGAGUUUAAAAGUGUAGAAGCAAACAUUUGGUUCAAAUCUUUCUGUGACAACGUCUUUGCUUUGCACAAAUUAUGAAGGAUGUCUCCCAGUAGUUCAGAAAAUAAUGAAGAAAAUUUUUAACAAAGUGGAUUUUAUUUAGUGACACCAGAAACUCGUAAGGGUUCCUGGUGAUAGAAUAAACGUUAGAAGACUUAAGUAGUUAAGUGACCUCAAACUUUUGAUACAAAGUUUAGUUUUCAAAAUAAUGAUUUACACUUCAAGCUCUCUGAAAGCCAUUAUUUUUAACCCAGAUCCUGGUCUUUCAUUUUCACUGUUAUUUUUCGGAUGGAUAUUUCCCAUGAUCUGAUCUUGAGACAAAGGGGAACUUUUGCCAUGUUUUAAUAUAAAUUUAGGUUGUAUGAUAACUGUCUGUUGGCAGAACCGAAUGGGAGCAAUAAUGUCAAUAUUUUCAUUUUACAAAGAAGCAUGAUCAUUUGAAAUUUCAAAGAUGAUAGCAGUAGUGAGAAGACAGAUUGAAUAUUAUUUCUUGUCUUUCCUUCACCUUCGUUUGAAGUUUCAGAUCAUUGUUAUUGACAUUUCUACUCCAGUCACCAAUUUGUUAAAAAGGUAAUGACUGCUAUGUAAGAUUUGCUAACUUAGAGUGAGACUUUCUAAAGAUUUAACCAUAAGCUUGGUUCUAGGAAUAUUUAUUGACAAUAAUUAUUUUGCAACACCCUGAAAUAUAUGAAUUAUGUUUGUUAAUAUUAACAUGCCCAGAUCCCUUAACUGCUUGCAAAAUAAAUUUGUGAUGUGAAGCUUGUUUCUCUUUUGCUUUGUAGAUGCUAGCCUGUGAAAACAGCCAUCUCUCCUCGCUCCUUGCUGCCAGGGACACGAGGAGGGAUGUCUGCACCUCGGUGAGAGAAAUUCCAUACUGAUGAUGUUAAAUAUCUGGUCAGCAGAGUAGUUAUAUUGUUUUAGCUAUUGUGUACUAACGACGCACAAAAAACAAAAUGGUCACAAAGGUCAAAAUAUAAUGUAAAUGCAAUGAAUUUACUUUAUAACAGUCAAUGUUCAUGGAAUAUAUUCCUCUUUAGCAGAAGCAUUUAAGUUUGGCUGGAGCUUGUUCGCAGCCAAACCCAAAACUUGACCAUAAUCAACCAGGAGAAACUAAAAAUCGAACAAAUUUGCAUUUGGAACCCAUGACUACAGGAUAUAUUACAUAAACAUUGAUUUCAUCAUCAGUAUGAAAUCUCUGUUGGUGAAGCACAGGCGUCCCUCCUGCCAAACAUCCCUAGAGCGAGGAGUAAGGAGAUGCAGCUGUUUUUGCAGGCAAACUAGAUGCUGUAGACUGGUACAUGUAAGCUGUAAUCAAGUAAUUUCUGAAAUUGGUAGUUACUUGACAGAACAAUAACAUUGCAGUGUGACCAGUCUUUGUUUGUAAACCUCAGCUAUAAUUCCUGUCUGUCUCCUUACCAUUAACUUAAUAAUUGUCCUGUUUGAUUCUGGAUGUUAGGAGUUUACUGUAAAGUCCUGUGGUUUAUCUUUGAUUGUAAGUUUUCACUUGCAAUAGUAUUCAUUUUUCUUUCUUGUUAAGUCUUAUCUGGGGUAAUAUUAAAUUCUAAAAACAGUUCAUGGUCACUACAAACAGAAUACAGCUUUCCUCUUUUGGCAAGAGGAUGUCUUUUGGCUGUUGAUUCCUUUUUGUCAGAAAUUCUUGUCACAUUGAUUUGUAUUUCCCCUGAAGUCAAUUAAUGUAAUUUCAAAUCUCGCCCAUCACGAGUUAGCCAUUCAUUUUUAGUCUGUUAUUUCCACUGAUUUGUAAUAAAUUGAAUGUACAGAAAUUCACCCCCAUCAUUGUUAGUGUCAAUUUGUGUAGAGUUCAUCUGGUUUGUACAGCCUAGGGGAAAAAUAUUUUCCUUAUCGUUAAAAUGUUUAAAGAAAGCCCAUAAAUCUUUGUAUUCUUUAGAAUGAUUAAUUAUUAUUAAAAAAUUCGUCUGUG